AUGUUGAAGAUGUUAACUUCUAAAUUUUCAAUUCUAAUUGUUUUAAAUAUACUUAUCUUAACUUUAAGUCAAAUUACACAUGAUAUCGACGAUGUCAAUAAAAUUGUUGGUGGUCAAGUUACUGAUAUAACGCGAGCUCCUUACAUGGUUAACUUACGCCUUGAUGGAAAGUUUGCUUGUGGUGGUUCACUAAUAAGUCCUACAUGUGUCCUAACUGCUGGACAUUGUGCAUAUAAAGUUGAAAGAAGUAAAAUGUUAAUACAAGCUGGAGUGACAAACCUAACAGAAACUGGUGUAAUAGCUAAAGUACGCCGAGCACUUGUUCCAGACGCAUAUAGAGAUGUAAAUGGUGCACAACAUUAUGACGUGGCAAUUUUAGUGUUAAACAAAACCAUUGAGGAUAGAAGAAUUGAGACCAUUCCGAUCUCUUACUCAAGUUUAAGUACAGGUACCAAAAUAAAUAUAUUCGGUUGGGGCAAGACUAAGGAAAGCUCUAAGGUUCCAUCAGUGCAAUUGAAACGUGCCUCAAUUGAAGUUAUAUCAAAAGCAUCGUGUAAACGUGCGCUUAGUGAUUAUUUUGUCAGUAAAACAACUUUUUGCGCUACACUUCCAGGUAGAGACACAUGUCAAGGUGAUUCGGGCGGUCCAACGGUAUAUCAAGGAAGGCAAUACGGAAUUGUAUCUUGGGGAAGAGGAUGUGCUCGUGUUGCUUAUCCUGGUGUUUAUACGAGCUUAAAAGAAGUGAGACCAUGGUUGGAAAAAACGAUAAAUCAAUAUUGCUAA